AUGGCUUGGCACAGAGACAUGACAGCCCGGGAAGGCAGGGCGAGGCGGCUGGCGGCGGCGGCUUGGUUCUGUGGAGGGCGGCAGAUGAGCAGACGAGCAUGCGCACGCGAGCCAAGCUUGCCGCUCAUGGAGUCGCCAUGGCGGGCGGCUCCUGGCACAAGGCAGGCCGUGGCCAGGGACUCCCGCAACCAAUGGGGUCGCGGGGAGUUUUGUCGAGUUGUUUCGACGGCAACUAAGGCGAGAACAAUGUUGAAAGUGUCCGACAGAACUGCCGGAGCGCCGUUUGCUGGCACCCGCCGUGUGCCGUACCGGGCUUUAUUUGAUGGAGGCCGGCACUUUGCUCGGUGUCUGGUGGGCCUUAGCCUCGAACUCAAUGCUCCCGGCUGCUUUUUAACUUUUUUUUUUGUGUGUGUCCUCGGCCUGUUUCGUUAG